AUGUCGUCGAUGUACUCCCAAGUACCUGCUUAUUCCCAAGGAAUCUACCCUCCUACUCCAGGGUAUCAACAGCCUGCCGGUCUAUCAUAUCCCUACCAUCAACUUCCGUCUACCCAACCGCAAGCGCCUGUUUACCAUGUGGAUCCGAAUUCAUUCCGUCGUGAUUUUGCGACUCGUCUUGCAGAACUCACCAUAAACUCUAGACCCAUCAUCCAGUCUUUAUCGAUGUAUGCUCAAGAAUACUCCAGGUGGGCAGAUAUAGUUGCACAAUGCAUCCACACGCAUAUUCGCAGGGUCCCUCCGUGGAUGAAAUUGCCUGCGUUUUACCUCCUUGAUGCAAUAUCCAAGAACGUCUUCGAACCUUAUGCACGCCAUUUCGCGACAUUCGUCAUAUCCUUGUUUCUGGAAACUUACCAGCAGGUUGACCAGCCCACCCGCAGCAAAAUGGAAGAGAUGUUGAUCACCUGGCGAACCGGCGCACCGAACAGCAAGGAACUUUUCGGUGUUAUCACACAACUGUCCAUCGAACGAGGUAUAUGGGGUGGUGACUCGUCCUCUCCUGCAGAUGCAUCGUCUCCAACGUACCCCAGCACUAUCUCGAAAGCGCAGGUACUUAGCGAACUCGAGUUCACGUUGGGCCAGAAAGAUAGGGCACUACAUGCCAACCCUUGGGAUGUUGCAGUUCAGAAGCACGUUGAGGUUCUGCAUCAGCUCCGUAAUCUAGUAGAAGCCGGCGUCUCCCAGGAUGAAUUACGACAGAUCCUUAACCAAUUAAGGUCACUUACACGUACAACGCCCCAAGUACAACCCCCGCCUUCCUCGUCUUACCCCUCGCAUCCAACCCAGUCUACACAUACUCGCUCAUAUCCUCAUUACCAUGGAGCUCCUGCGGCACCCUCCACAUAUUCUCAUCAGUCUGAACAGCCUAAACCGGUUGAUGUAUCUACUCUUCUUCCAGCGGCUUCGUCUGUUCCUUCAACAUCUCCCCUCCCCUCGACUAACAUAACAACACUAUACAAUGCUUUGCUUAAGGCAGGUGUCGUCUCCGCGGGUGGUGCAUCGUCUACAAAUCACCUACACGAAGUCAAACCUCCCGAAACCAACACUGCUGAGUACAGUAGAGAUGCCAGCCGCGCGUAUAGGAAAGCCGUCUUAGCAGAGAAGGUCAAGCUCACUACAGCGGAUAUUUUAAAAAAACGUUCGUCUGUUGUCGACCUCUUAUAUAACAGACUGCCUGUGCAAUGCAAACAAUGUGGAUUGAGGUUCAGCCAUGAUCCCUGCGGUAAGAAGCAGAUGGACGAUCACUUGGACAUGCACUUCAAGCAAAACAGCGGGGUCGGGCAAAAUGUUGGCCGGGGACACAGCAGAUGUUGGUUCGUUAGUCUGGAGGAUUGGACAAGGCAAGGUACUAUUGAUGUGAAAGGCAAGGGACGGGUCGAUGGCCCACGAUCCCUCUCUAAGAAACUUGUGGAUGCAGCGCAGCGAGAUGCGGAGCUUCGUGCUCAAUUUGUUGUGGUGCCACCUGGUGAUGAGGCCAAGUCAAUAUAUUGUCCGAUAUGUAAGGAGAUUCUGAAGUCCGAAUUCCUGGAAGAUGACGAAGAGUGGGUGUGGAGAAAUGCGAUUAGAAAAGAUGACAAGAUCUAUCAUGCUACAUGUCAUUCUGAGGCAGCGACUUCGGCACUCAGUCUGGCUGCUCGUUUGCGCAAUGAUGGGUCCAGCCGUAGUCGAUCUCGAACUCCUGAGGUCUCUGCAUUGCGUUCUACCCCGCCGAGAAGUACGGCUACUGGCCCGUGCAAAUCCCAAUCAGCUUCACCUGACACGAAACGUGCAACGCUUAAGCGCAAGGUUGAUGAUGAGGGUGGAUUACCAAGUGCAGUAUCAGAUGGUACGCCAGCGGCAAAGAAGCUCGCUCUUGCAGUGUGA